UUCCAAAGUAAAUUCAUGUUUUUGAAUAUGCUUUAUGACUGAUAAUACAUUGAUAAAUAAUAUAGCACAUUAAUAAGUUUACAGGAAACAUAAUUUCUUUGAAAUUAAUGAAAAGUUUCACACAAGUUUACAAAUACAUGUUGGUAGGCUUGGUACCCAGAGUUCCUUGCGCGGCCUUGAGUUUGACGGAGAAAGAUUGCCGACAUGAGGAGAAACAUUCACACGUAAUUAAAUAACUAAAUGUUUCCUUUCUGAAAGUCAGACUCCUUUAUAAUAGCAUAUUGGAUUAAAAUGAAACUCACAAUUCGAUUAAAUUGGGGAGCAAUUAGGAGGAGGGUUAAAAAUAGUUAUUAUAAUUAUUCUUUCACACUCUUUUCAUCACAUCCGAACGCAUAACAUGUUGCUUCGAAAACGUAAACAACAACAGCUGAUUGUGAGAAUGUGAAGAUUUUUUUUCUUUUUUUUUCAAUUCUUUUCAUUUAGUUUUUUUUUGUUGUUGCUGUUUUACUUCACAAAGUAUCCCUUAUAUAUAAAACAAAACCAAUUAUGGAAAAAGUAGAUACUGCUGGAGGAGGAAACAUGCCUCCUCUGAUAAUAAAUUCAGGGUCUCAGAAUUCUGGGGUUUCAUCAAUGAGACCCAUGGUCAUUAAAAAGGAAGAUGCAGUUCCCAGUCCCUCAAAAGUGGAUGUACAGCCUCUGGUAGUAUGUGUGCCUCCGGGGGGAAACAGCCUUGCCCCAAACAUGCGGCUCGUGCAGACUGCUGAUGGCAAGAAACUAUUGCUAACUAAUGUUGUCAAAACAUCCAAACCUUCACCUACUUCUAGUAAUCAGGCAGUGAUGGUACCCCAAAACUUAGUAAUGCUCUCAUGUCCCCCAGUACAGUCACAAAUAAAUCCUGUAGUUUCUACAAAUACCCCCCAGACAUUCAUAGUACAGCCCAACAAAACUACUGCUGGGUCAGCAGCACAAAAGAAACCUAUAGUAAGUGCCCAACCAAUGGUAUUAAAGGUAUCUGGCAUGACCUCACCUUUGAUAGUAAAACCAAACUCCCAGGUAAAUUCUUUAACAAUACCAAGUGUACCAGCAGCACAGGUUGUAAAUAUCAAACAAGAGCCAGUGGUGCCUCAGGUUGUUACAAUGGUCGAUAAGACAAAUACAUUACUUGCAAAGAAAUUGCUGUCUUCCCCCAUAACACCCACUCCCAGCCUGGCAAAUCCUGUAGUAAUAUUAAGUAAUGAGGGUAAGAAGUACAAAGUUGUUGGCAAUCCUGUUCCAGUUAGAUUACAUCCAAAACUGCAAAAAAUAGCACCAAAAGGGCAGGCUGCCAUUCCACCUCUGAGAAAAGUACAGCAACAGCAAUGUCAGCCACAGCAGCAGCAAGUUGUUCAGCCUCCAUCCCCUGCCAAGAAGGUACUCUCAUCAAAACCACCUGCAUAUUUGAACAUCCGUAUCAAAGAAGAACCUAAUGAUGAGCCAAUUGGUGAAUUAGUGUAUGUAGAUGGUGGUGUAAAGAUUAAGGAUGAGCCUAUAGACCCCCAAACGGAGCUAGAAGAGGCUUUGGAGAUGGCAUCACAGAAGCCAUUUGUUGAUGUCAGAAUUAAAGAAGAGCCAAGUGAGGAAAAUGAGCUGCUAGAAAAAGAUGAACAAUUAAGGAAAGUCCUAGAAGCCACAUCACCCACAAGCACAAACGAUGCAUCAAACAAGCCACGUAGGUUUUACAUUCGAACAUCGGAAGGCAAGUUAAUCUCCAUCUCUCCGGAAGAAGCAGAAGCUCUUGGACUAAAUCAUGAGGAUAAAGCCGAGGAGAAUCAGAAGAAGCUUGUUAAGGCCCUUGCUGGUGUUGGGGACUUUCCAUUAAAGAAAGUUCUUGUAGACCAGAAGCGUCUUGAGAAGACCCAGUGUACAGUCUUGAUCCCAGACAAUGUAGAUGUAAAGGAUUUUGUGAGCCGAAAUGUUCCUCCCGCUGCAGAAAAAGAAGCAACUCUUAUGAAAACCCUGAAGUGCUCCUCAGAAGCUCUGGAGGCUCAGUUCUCAACCUCUAAAAUCUUUGUUCCCACAAAGACUAACACUACCAUUAUUGGUGAGUAUAUAGAUAAUGAUGUGCAUUUCCUUAAAAUUCAUAUUGAAACGGAGAGUGGAGAAAGAGAUGUUUGUAACAUUCUCAAAACAGCUUUAAAUACCUAUCAGUGCCCAUUCUGUAAGAAAGACUUUAAAACAAAAGACCAUAUAAUAUCACAUAUCAGAGUACAUACAGGAGAAAGGCCUUACCCAUGUGAUAUCUGUGGCAAAAGAUAUCGCCAAAGAAUUGACAUUAUUCGGCACAUGCGCAUUCACACAGGGGAGAAACCAUUCACUUGUGGGCUAUGUAAUGUAUCUUUCAAUCAGAAGUCUAACUUAAGAUCUCAUAUGAGAAUUCACACUGGUGAACGUCCAGUACAGUGUAAGAUUUGUGGGAAAGGAUUUUCUCGGAACACACAUCUAAAGCAGCACAUGAAAUUACACACAGGUGAAAAACCUUUUUCCUGUCAAAUAUGUUGCCGCCCAUUCCGCUUCAAAUCUGGUCUCCAAGCACAUGAACGAAUACAUUCAGGUCUCAAACCCUAUGCAUGUGGUGUAUGUGGGAGGAGCUUCACCCAGGUGGUUGGUUUAAUACGCCAUGAGAGAACCCAUGCUGGAGAAAAACCUUUCCGUUGCCAGAGUUGUGGCAAAUCCUUUAAUAAUCGUGAAAGUUUACAGUUUCAUGUUAAGAAGCACACAAGUGAACGUCCAUAUUCUUGUGAUUUGUGCAAGAAAACCUUCACAGACACAUCAGCUCUUCGUUGCCAUAGAAAAAAAUACCACAGCAACAUGCUGAUAUGUGUGAUUUGUUUCCGUGAGGACUUUAAAACGCGAAUUGAACUAAGAGAACAUCUGCGUGCCCAUGAGAGAGAAAACUGGGAAGAAAAUGAAAGUGGAGAUCUUGUACCUCGUAUUCAAGAAGGAUCUCCACCUUUUGUGAGUAUAGACGAUACCAUGGAGAACAUGGAAGAAGGUGAAGAAGAAAACAGGGAUGGAGUUGAUUUUGACUGUGAAAGAGCAGAGGAAAUCCAAGUGGAAGUGGAACUAGAUGUGGAUGACCCAAUUGAGAACGAUGAUGACUAUGCCAACGACAGUGAUUAUGAGGACCAAGAUUUCCAAGGUGACCCUCUUGUUGAUCCUUUGAUGUGAUUCUCAGAUUUUUGAAAAUUUGGAGAUGUGGCUGUAGAAUCUCUGGGCAGGAGGGUAUGCUCUUCAUUGUAUUUUUUUAUGUUUCGUUUUCAUCACUGUUAAAAUAUUUUGCAAAGUGUCAUGUUAAAUCAUUCCGAGGUGGAUGUACUUUAUUUGAUUGUUAUAUUUUUCUUUUAUUGUUAGAUUGAUUUUUUUUUUUAGGGGGCUAAAUAAGGACAUUUGUACAUAGUAAUCCAUUCAAGUGCUUAUUUAGUUUACAUUAGAAUUAUAUGAUAGUUACUCUUUUUUAUGCAGUUGAAAACAGAAAAAUGUAUUUAUACAAAUUUAUGGAAGCUCACAGAAAAAGGAAGUUCGGGCAGAUUUUUUUCUUAUUAUUAUUAUUAUUAUUAUUAUUAUUAUUAUUAUUCUUUCUUUUUUUUUCCCCGUAAGGUGCUUUUCAAAGUGUACUCUCAGAUAAUUACAGGAAAUGUUACCCUAUUAUGAAAAGUGGAUUGAUUAUUUGACUUAGACCAUACUUCAGAUUGUAUUCUCAUCUCACACUAGUUUACAAACAUAGUGUAUAUAUUAUUGCCUAUUUUAAUAGUGUUUAUUUCUGAAAAUUUUAACAUAAAAGAUAAGGAAAUGCAAGUUUAUACCUGGCUAUCAGGAAUUUGUUUUAAAAUUAUAGAAUAGUGUUUGAAAAGUUAAAGGAACAAUUUUGUCAGUUUAUAUUUUUAUUCUAUCAGAUACUGUUAAGAGAUGCUUUGUUUGUUUAUAAUGAGAGGGGGAUAUCCUCCAGAGUUUGUUUAAAUGUUAGAUUUAAUUUGUAAUAUAUGGUUGGUGUCUGUAGUCUUAAGUUAUGUAGUCAUAUAUUAAUACCCAAUGUAAGUACUACAGAUAAGGGAUAUCUUUCCUUGAAACUAAGGUAAAAUUGUACCCUUCUGGUUAUUAGCUCUCCUGGCCAAAUAUAUAAUGACACAACAACUUAUGAUAUAUUAAAAUGACAUUGAAAUACCCCUGAUUUAGUCAUAAUCACAAUCAACAUAAUGCAUGCAUGUAGAAAACCACAAAGAGACCUGUUACCGUGAUCCCACCUAUUGUGGUACCUUGGAAGUUAGUAGCUUGAGUGCCACCAAGGAUCUGUUUGGUGUUAGAACAUUUUAGUAAGACAAUCUGUAGUAGUUAUCUUUCUCUAAGUGCAUCUGAUCAUUUAUAUUACCAGUAGAGCUGAUCAAAAUGCAAUUUACUCAGGCUUAUGAAUUUACUUAUUUAUUUCUUUGUGUACAUUUUUUUCAAGUUUGAUAUGUUGCUCUUGGUUCUGCAUUUUUCUUUUUUUAAAUCUAAAUAUUGAAUUUUAGAUGUGUUUGUGCUAAAGCUUCCAACUUCACUUGAUUCAUCAGUAUUCCAACCAUGCUUGCAUUAUGAAACUUGAGUUUGUAGGAAUAAUGGCUCUGUGUAAUGAGUGUACGAUGAAUGGAGAGAUGAUGAAUAUGGGUUUUCCUCUGAAUUAUUGAAGGUCUUCCAGAAGUCACAGGAUAAAAAAAAAAAAUAGAUUGUUACUUUACCGUUUUCCAAAUGUCUAUGAUAAAUAUGUAAUAUUUAAUAUUACAUAGAGUAUAUUUUUCAAACAUGUUUUAUUAAUGAAUUUUGUACAUGUUCACAACACUCAAGAGUUUACACUCAGAUAAUGUGUGUAAUGUACUAUAGGUGCCUUAUAUGUAUCCAAGUGUCCUUCCAUAGUGCCUUGCAUUUUAGACCUUUUGAAGUAAAUCAUUGAUGAUA